AUGGACUCUUGUGUUACCCUUUCGGAUAUUAUAGACAGCGACUCCAGGUCCUCUCGCAGCGGCCGCUCCUCCAACCAGCCUCCCCCGCCCCUGGCCCCUGGUCAGGCAUCAGGCAGCGGUCCCGGCGCUCCAUACGGCUUCAGCCAACAGGCUGGUUACGCCCAGGCUCCGCAGCAAGGCAUCUUCCCGCCUCAUCCUUCUGCAUAUCCUAAUCAGCAACAUACCCAAGCCCACCACCCGGCCCAGUGGGGGCAACCUCCUUCCCAAGGCCAACAGUACCCCCCGGCAGGGUAUGGCAAUGCUCCCGCUUUCGCACCUGCUGCCGGUGGUCAGCCACAGAUAGGCGGCUAUGGGAACGUCGGGCAAGGCUAUUCGCAAGGAUUCCCUCCCCCAGUCUCCUAUCACCAGGGCCAACCAGGACAAGCGCUGAACGCAGAAGGACAAUUGGAUUCAGCGGACAACUCGUUGAGCCACCGGGACCUUGACACUCUUGACGAAAUUUACAAGGCUCGAAAGCUGAUUCAGGCUGCAAAGAUGUCUUAUAGAAGCCUGGCCAAAUAUAGGCAGCGACAUCCACACCUGCAGGUCCAGGCCAUUUCGUUCUCCAAAAUCACAAUCGAACACCUCCAGUCAAUUGGAGUUUCCUUCAUCGAAAAGACGUGCACCGAUUUCCAACAGUCGAUUAUCCCGAAAAUUAUGAUGAAGAUGCAACAGAAGAAGCUCCCCAUCCGUGUCAACUUUCAGCAGACCUUUGAUGGCUUCUGGGCACAUGUCUUGCCCUCGCCUUUUGGACUGGUAGCCAUGGUGCAAAACGUGCUCAAUACUGUGGGGAGAAAGCCCGAGGCCCGUGGCAGGAUCCUAAUUGAUCAAUUCCUCUUGUUUGUGACCAUUUUGUUUCGCCAGCUUGGGGCGAUUCCAUUUAUCUUCCCGGAAUUGCACAUCGCGUCCUCAACGACUUCCAACACGAAUGAGUGUGUAAUCCUUGCAGGGGAUCGAGCCGCUAUCAUGAUGUCUGGCUCCGUCGAUUACGCAAUGAUCUACACAAACCUAAACGACGAUGACCUUGCACGCAUGUUGGGAAUCUCUGCGAAAGAGGCGGCCAAAGUCAGAUCCCAGUAUCUCUCGACUGGCACCUUAUCCGAUUUGUUGGAACAUAGCGAAAUGAGGGGAGUCAUGAAGAACGCAAACACUACGCAGAUUUUCCUCAUUGAGGCGAAGAAGAAGGAACUGAGGCUCGAGGACCGAGUGCCUCAGGUAGUUGCGGAAUGCCUGGCAAGUCUUUCGAAUAACUCCAUGGCGAGGACUCAGCUCCCUUGGUGUUUAACAAAUGGCAUCGAGUGGAUUUUUGGUUUAGUUCAGCUUCAAACCAUUGAAGAGCCAAGACGAAGCGGCGCCAGACCGCAAACGCGUGUCGAGCGACAGAGUUAUUACUUCCCAACCUUCCAACUCCAGCACGAUAUGAAUGGAAAAUUGUCUCAGGCUGACGUCAAGACAGUUUUCAUCAUGUUAAUGUUUUGGUCCAUGGCAACUCCUCGGGAGAUUUCUGACUUCGUCAAUGAUCUUCCUUAG